UCUGCUAAGGUGUUCGUAAAGAAGAUGAUGCAGUACGUACCUACAAUAGGAUGGGCUUGGCGUUUCUCCGAUACGAUAUUCCUUAACCGCAAUUGGCAGGAGGAUAAAACAAUAAUGCAAUCACAAAUAAAGGAAUUUUUUGACUACCCUUACCCUGUCUGGAUGCUGCUGUUUGCCGAGGGGACGAGGUUUACGCCAGCAAAGCAUGUAGCAAGUAUGGAGUUUGCUCGGAAGAGAGGUCUACCAGAGUUGAAGCGACAUCUGAUCCCUCGUACUCGAGGGUUUAUACAAUGUGUACAGUCGCUCAAGGGAAAUUUCCCUGUCAUUUAUGAUGUGACUGUUGGCUUUAACACCAAAGAGGGUGAAGAGCCAACAUUGCAAAACAUGCUGCGUGGAAGGAAAGUGGUGAGUGAGAUAUACGUACGACGCAUCCUUCUGGAUGAAGUUCCCGACGACGAUGACGGGGCCUCUAAAUACCUCCAUGAUUUAUAUAGGUCAAAGGACCAGUUACUAGACAGCUACCUUAAUACAGGGAGUUUCACUGAGGAGAAUGACCUUCCUGAUUAUCCCAGUCAUACAAUGCCCAGGAGAACUUAUUCACUUCUCAACAUGAUAGGAUGGGCCUUAUUUGUCCUCUCACAAAUCCUUCGUUUCUAUUACAACCUCAUAACAAGUGGCUCUCUGCUCUCCAUUUCAUUUGCUGUUGGAAUUGUCAUAUUUGCCUACCUAGGAUUGUACAAGAUGAUUGGACUGACAAAAAUUGACAAAGGAUCAAAAUAUGGAAGUACAGACAAUAAAAAGAAAGAUUAAUGUACCUGUAUAUGGUAAUGUUCAAUAGAGAAAAAUCUCCGUAGUGUUAUGAAUGUAGACAGUCACUACUAGCAUUUUUUUUCAUUAAAGUGCUCAGACAUCUCUAAUUAAUAUUUGAGACCUUUCAGGUUUAGGGUUACAGUAAUUUAGUCAAUUUUAUAUUUUAUUUACUAUCAUAGGGUUGUAUUUUCAAUGCCAGUAUUUUAUGUGAGAACUCAUCUUUAGU